UCAGCGCUGGGACGGAGCCCGGGUUCUUCUCAAACCCGGAAUGUGAGGCUUGGCUCGGUCCCCCGCUCGCCUCGGCCUUAGCUCGUCGCGACUCCGCUCUGCCCGGGUCGGCUCGGCUGUGUGCCCGGUCCCGUCCCGCUCUUUUACACCAGGCCCUUGGUCCGCUUCCUCGGUCGUCUUCUUUCUCGCUCCGAGAGCAGCAGGGGCGGCCCUGCCCUUCAGCCGGGUGUCCGCGUGGCCGCCGCCGCCGCCGCCCCUCCGAAUCCUCCGGGGCCGCAGAGGGGUUCGCUACGGAGGGAGGCGGGGGCCUUCGAGAGGCGGAGGCGGAGGAGGCGGAGGAGGAGGAGGGAAGGAAGAUGGCGGCCGUAGAACUCGAGUGGAUCCCAGAGACUCUCUACAACACCGCCAUCUCCGCGGUCGUGGACAACUACAUCCGCUCCCGCCGAGACAUCCGCUCCUUGCCGGAGAACAUCCAGUUCGAUGUUUACUACAAGCUUUACCAACAGGGGCGCUUAUGUCAACUGGGCAGUGAAUUUUGUGAAUUAGAAGUUUUUGCUAAAGUACUGAGAGCUUUGGAUAAAAGACAUUUGCUUCAUCAUUGUUUUCAGGCUUUGAUGGAUCAUGGUGUUAAAGUGGCUUCAGUUUUGGCCUACUCAUUCAGUAGACGGUGCUCUUACAUAGCAGAAUCAGAUGCUGCAGUCAAGGAGAAAGCCAUUCAAGUUGGCUUUGUUUUAGGUGGUUUUCUUUCAGAUGCAGGUUGGUACAGUGAUGCUGAGAAAGUAUUUCUGUCUUGCCUUCAAUUGUGUACCCUUCAUGAUGAGAUGCUCCACUGGUUUCGUGCAGUGGAAUGUUGUGUGAGAUUGCUUCAUGUACGAAAUGGAAACUGCAAAUACCAUUUGGGUGAAGAAACAUUUAAAUUAGCUCAGACAUAUAUGGAUAAGUUGUCAAAACAUGGCCAGCAAGCAAACAAAGCGGCACUCUAUGGAGAACUAUGUGCACUACUAUUUGCAAAAAGUCACUAUGAUGAGGCAUACAAAUGGUGCAUUGAAGCAAUGAAAGAAAUUACAGCCGGCUUACCAGUUAAAGUUGUGGUAGAUGUUCUAAGACAAGCUUCUAAGGCUUGUGUAGUAAAACGUGAAUUUAAGAAGGCAGAACAGUUAAUUAAACAUGCAGUGUAUUUGGCACGGGAUCAUUUUGGAUCCAAACACCCAAAAUACUCUGAUACACUGCUAGAUUAUGGGUUCUACUUACUCAAUGUAGAUAAUAUCUGUCAGUCUGUUGCAAUUUAUCAGGCAGCCCUCGACAUACGACAGUCAGUGUUUGGUGGCAAAAAUAUUCAUGUAGCAACAGCUCAUGAAGACUUGGCUUAUUCAUCUUAUGUCCACCAGUAUAGUUCUGGGAAAUUUGAUAAUGCACUAUUUCAUGCAGAAAGAGCUAUUGGUAUCAUUACCCACAUCCUACCUGAAGAUCAUCUUCUUUUGGCUUCUUCAAAGAGGGUGAAAGCACUUAUAUUAGAGGAGAUUGCUAUCGACUGUCAUAAUAAGGAAACUGAACAGAGGCUGCUUCAAGAAGCUCAUGAUUUGCACCUGUCUUCACUCCAACUAGCUAAAAAAGCUUUUGGAGAAUUUAAUGUACAGACUGCAAAACACUAUGGUAAUCUUGGAAGACUUUAUCAAUCAAUGAGAAAAUUUAAGGAAGCUGAAGAAAUGCACAUCAAAGCAAUUCAGAUUAAAGAGCAACUUCUUGGUCAAGAAGAUUAUGAAGUAGCCCUUUCAGUGGGACACCUGGCUUCUUUAUAUAAUUAUGACAUGAAUCAGUAUGAAAAUGCUGAGAAACUUUACUUGCGAUCUAUAGCAAUUGGGAAGAAACUUUUUGGUGAAGGCUAUAGUGGACUAGAAUAUGAUUACCGAGGCCUCAUUAAACUUUACAACUCCAUUGGAAAUUAUGAGAAAGUGUUUGAAUAUCACAAUGUUCUGUCUAACUGGAACCGGUUGCGAGAUCGGCAGUAUUCAGUGACCGAUGCUCUUGAGGACGUCAACACCAGCCCCCAGUCCACUGAAGAAGUGGUGCAGUCCUUCCUGAUUUCUCAGAAUGUUGAGGGACCAAGCUGCUGAGGGAGGACCUCAGUUAACCAUUUAUCUUUUCCCAGAUUCCAGGGAAUUCAUACUGUGAAAUCAAAACCAAGUCGUUUUGGGGGGCUGGAAUUUGCAUUGAAACACUGGUCCAGUCCAUUGAAGACCCUAUUUUGGGUAAUCCCUAUCUUGCAGAGUGUCCGUAGAAUAAGUAUAUAUUCAGUUAUAUUCAGCAUGUAACGCAUGUAUAAGUAGUCUGGCCCACAUUUUCAACCUAGUAGAACAAACAGGAAUUUUUUUUUUCUUUUUAAAAAAGAAUUCAUUUUGCAGAAAGCCCGAAAGAAAAAAAAAAAAAAAGAACCCCUAAAUAAAACUAUUUAAGAGUUUAAAAAGAGUUGCAUUCUUAUUAUGUAAGGAUGAUUUUAACAACUUUUUAACAUAUAAUUCUUCCAUGUGGAGGUAUUCAAUACUGUAUUGUAAAGAAAUUUUAUGAAGAAACAUCUUUAUAUGCAGUAUAGAAAAGUAAACACAAGUACUAAUAAAAGAGGGACAUCCUGAUUUAGGUUUGGCCACCUUACCAAAAAAAAGAUAUAACCACUUCAAAGCUAUAUUAUAAGGGAAGGACUGUCAGAUUCAUCUGAACUGGACCAGUGUUGAUCUGUAAGUAAAGGAUAUUAGUAGACCAGCAAUUUUAAUUCUUUUUUUGUUUUUGGUACAACAAUGCAAGAUACUUUAAAAGCAUUUGCUGACCGGACCAGAAGGAUCUAAAAUUGGACCAGCCUAAUGGAGAAGGUGGUUAUUUGGACCAGAGGCUUUCGAUUGUUUGAGCCCCUGCAUAUACUUUUAUCAGUAGAAUGAUUUCACUUAUAUAAUGAACGGUGAUAAUGCAAAACUUAUAUUCAUAUACUAGAUGCCAAACUAGGAAAAUUUGGCAAUUUCACUGGCAUAUCUUUAGUCCAGGUACACAGACGGCCAUGCCAUAAACAAGUCUAUAAAUAUCUGCUGCGGCCACCCCACCCUCAUUUUAAUUAUCACUCUAAUAAUCAGCGCUGUUAAUAAGUAUAUUGACUUAAAAGGUAUGAAACAGCUCAUGUCCAGAUGGGAAUUUUGGAUUACUAUAUGGGUUGUGGGGAAUAAGGAAAAUGAAUGCAUAAAAGUAAGUUGUCUAAGAAAAAUCUUCAUUUUAAUGGUACAUAAUAGUACAACUGAGUCAUUUUGAUUGAAGUCCAGAAUUCAUAUAGAAAGAGCCCUUUAUGAUAAGUCUAUUUCACUAAUUUUGUUUAAUGAGUUAUUUUUUUUAAGUCAGUUGGGUUGUUUAAUGUUGAGGUAAUGUUCAAAUUUAAGAAGUUGUGAUAUGUAACAAACCAAGAAAUAAAAAGUUCUUUUGCUUUUACCUCAAUUCUUACUAUAGUGGCCCAUCUGGUGCCUCUAGUUAAGAAUCUGGGUUUCUCCCCUAUUUUCAGGGGUUCGUGACUUGGCUGUAAGAGAUGUUGCUCCUAGCUAACGCGUGGGAGUAGUCUCUGGGUGAGUGGGUGUGUGCUGAAUUUUGUUUUCUUUUAAUAUGCAUGUUGAGUGGGGGGGGGAUGUAAACUCUCACACAGAGUAUAGAAAAAAAUGAAUUGGAGGUUUUUAAAUUCUUGUUAAACACUGGUUUGCACUUCCCAACUUUAACCUUGUUUGAAACUGCCCUUUGAAGUGUUAGGAGGCAGUGGAUUUAGGUCCUUCGGAGAUUUGUCAAGGGUGUGCCUAACAAUGAGACACGCCCACACCCUGGGUUGAUAACAGGCUUUGGAAACCUGGACUUACUCUAAUUGGACUGCUUUCCUUUUAAGUUUUGCUAAGAAAAAUAAUUGGCAUACUUGCAGUUUAUGAAACUGAUCUCUCUCCCAGUUAAUCACAGUCAGCUGCCAUGAGGCACCCUUUAUUAAUUACCAAAUAGUCUUUGUGACCAAGGACUAACAUUUUAAGUUCCUUAGAUCUAUCCUCAUGGGCCUAUAUAUGUGAUUCCUCCAAAGAUACUUUCAGGUUAGGCUUUGUGUACUCAUUGGUUAUUUAGAGCCCUGUGGUAUGUUUGUGGUAUAGGAAUGUCAUGGUAAAUUGUUUUUUAAUAAAUAAUUUGAAAUGUA